AUGGGCCAAACUACCCGUUUUGUCUCUCUCUCAUUUGCCACAAUCUGCUCUGGUGUUCUCCAGAGCUCCUUGUUCUCCGUCCUUCUAACCUCUCCGUACCAUGUUUCCGAAGCGUCCUCUGGCUGCCUCAGAGUCAAUUUAUCCCCCAGUGAGGGUCCAAUAGCUCCUCUCUCCGUUCCUCUGCUUCGCUCGUCUACUCCGUCCAUACAACUGGCUGAGGCCGAUACCCAUAUACUCGCACUGCCACACACACGCCACAUAUUCGAUAAGUACUUUACCUUAGUUAAGGUGGAGAUUUUGGAGCAAAAGGGAGAAGAAGAACCAAAAAGAAAAGAAGACGAGACGAAGAAGCAAAAAGAAGGAAAAAAGGAUAAAAAGGAAGGCCGAGGUAAAAAGAGGAAGCCCUUAGCGUCAAUGCGUGGAAUGCAUGGGUACAUGGGUAUGGGGUGCGGACCAGCCGCUGCGCAAGAGCCCGUCGAGACCCCGUCUCGGGCUGGACUCAACUCGCUGUUCUCGGUCACCAACACCGGCAGCAGCGGCGGCAGCAGCUACCUGCCACCAGCUACCACGGCCGCCGGAACACAUCUACAUCCGUAUACGGCUCCCUCUCGUCUGUUUCACGCUCUCCAGGUAGGGCUGCAAAUACGACGCAUCCUUGCCAUAUAUAAUAAUAAUACAGGUCUAUAA